UUGAAAGGUUGUGAACUUCCUGCUUUACGCUCAUGUCAGUGACGUAACUUCCGGCCGGCCCCCCUUUCCCUGAGCCUCCGCCGCCUGUGUGAGCCGCGUGUUUACACUGUCCCAGAUGAAGGAGAAUAUAAUGAACCAGGAGAAGCUUGCCAAACUGCAGGCGCAGGUCCGCAUAGGUGGCAAGGGCUCAGCUCGCAGAAAGAAGAAGGUGGUGCACAGAACAGCUACAGCAGAUGACAAGAAGCUGCAGUUUUCCCUCAAGAAACUGGGAGUCAACAACAUAUCCGGCAUUGAGGAGGUGAACAUGUUCACAAACCAGGGGACAGUGAUCCACUUCAACAACCCCAAGGUUCAGGCCUCCUUGGCCGCCAACACCUUCACGAUCACGGGGCACGCUGAGAACAAGCAGCUCACAGAGAUGCUGCCAGGAAUCCUAAACCAGCUGGGAGCCGACAGUCUGACCAGCCUCAGGAGAUUAGCAGAGACCCUACCCAAGCCAGCUGGAGAGAACAAGGCUCCCAUGGUGGCUGCAGAGGAGGAGGAUGAUGAGGUCCCAGAUCUUGUUGAGAACUUUGAUGAAGCUUCAAAGAACGAGGCCAACUAACAAGCACCAGCAGACAUUCAGCGCUCCUGUGGACUCACUGUCUCCGUCACUGUUAUUGCUCUGUGGUUACAAUACGCACACACAAACACACACACAUGCUUUCUAACUGUAACUGUGACAACUUGGCUACAGCAAGUAAACUCCCACCUCCUCUGCCAACUGUUAACUGCUCUGUACCUGACCUGCAGUACAGGUGAAAUAUAUUUAAUUCAGUGGAAUGUGCACACCUUUCUCUCUUUCCUGCUGCCGCUCCAGCAUUGUGAUGCCUACACAUCAAAAAUGUAUCAGUGGAAUUAAUCAUGUAAUAAAGAUUACAUUAAAAUUAUUU